GUUAUCAUAGUAACAUGUUCUCUAAAAUCGUAGCCCUGAGUGCUGUGCUGGCAGUGAGUGCUGCAGGUCUCUUGCCUGAGCCGCACUAUUCUUCGGCUGCUGCUGUCUCCUCUCAGAGCAUCGUCCGUCACGACCAACCACAGCUCCAUGGCACCAAAUAUGUAGCCGCCGCUCCAGUAGCCGUCCACGCCGCUCCUGUGGCAUACCACGCAGCUCCUGUCGCCUACCACUCCGCCCCCGCUCACUACUCGUCUGCUGGCGCCGUCUCCUCCCAGACCAUCCUGCGUCACGACCAGCCUCACGCCACCAACUACAUCGCCGCCGCUGCUCCCGUCCACUACGCUAGCCCCGUCCACUACGCCGCUCCUGUCGCUAAAGUGAUCACUCCCGCCCACAAAGUGCUUGUAUCUGCUCACCAUGAAGAGGAAUACGCUCACCCCAAAUACGACUUCGCCUACUCUGUUGCUGACGGACACAGCGGUGACAACAAGUCCCAGCACGAGUCCCGCGACGGUGACGCUGUGCACGGCGAGUACACUCUCCUUGAAGCUGACGGUUCAGUGCGCAAAGUUGAGUACACCGCUGACGACCACCACGGCUUUAACGCUGUCGUCAGUAACUCUGCCCCCGCUCAUCAUGUGGCUCAUGCCGCCCACACACCGACUUCAGUGUGCUGCGUGGAAGCUUAUCGUAACACCAUGUUCUCUAAAAUCGUAGCCUUGAGCGCUGUGCUGGCAGUGAGUGCAGCAGGUCUCCUGCCGGAGCCGCACUAUUCUUCAGCUGCGGCUGUCUCUUCUCAGAGCAUCGUCCGUCACGACCAGCCACAGCUCCAUGCCACCAAAUAUGUAGCAGCCGCUCCAGUAGCCGUCCACGCCGCUCCUGUGGCAUACCACGCAGCCCCUGUCGCCUACCACUCCGCCCCCGCUCACUACUCGUCUGCUGGCGCCGUCUCCUCCCAGACAAUCCUGCGUCACGACCAGCCUCACGCCACCAACUACAUCGCCGCCGCUGCUCCCGUCCACUACGCUAGCCCCGUCCACUACGCCGCUCCUGUCGCUAAGGUGAUCGCUCCCGCCCACAAAGUGCUUGUGUCUGCUCACCAUGAAGAGGAAUACGCUCACCCCAAAUACGACUUCGCCUACUCUGUUGCUGACGGACACAGCGGCGACAACAAGUCCCAGCACGAGUCCCGCGACGGCGACGCUGUGCACGGCGAGUACACUCUGGUUGAAGCUGACGGUUCAGUGCGCAAGGUUGAGUACACCGCUGACGACCACCACGGCUUCAACGCUAUCGUCAGCAACACCGCCCCCGCUCACCACGCAGCUCAUGUUGCCCACGCACCCGUCCUCCUGGCUCAUCAUUGA